UGCCCGGGGGUUCCUUCUGCUGCCUCGGAUCGUGCUUUUCGGAGACUCCAUUACUGAGUGUUUCAAAUGACAUCCAUCUCAAGGUAAAGUUGAAGAAUUGAUCCAAGGGCCAAAUUCCACGUCCCCCCCCACAACAUUUCUUACAUGUGUACUUUGGAAAAGAAAGGAGCCAAACUUCCUGCUCAAAUGGAGGAUGAUGGUGAUCACUUCCAGUGUUCCUGUGAACAGAGGAAGCAGUUCUCUGAGUAGACAUGGGGCUUUGUAGUCCUAGAUUCUGGAUUGGGAAAUGCCCUGUUCUGCCUUGCAGUUUUCCUUCCAAGAUAAGGGAUGGGGCGCAUCACUUGCUAAUAGAUUAGCUAGAAAAUGCGAUGUCUUGAAUCGUGGACUCUCUGGCUACAACACCAGGUGGGCUAAAAUUGUUCUUCCACGAUUAAUCAACAAAGACCAUAAUGCUGGAAACAUCUUGGCGGUAACUGUCUUCUUCGGGGCAAAUGACAGCGCUUUGAAAGAUGAGAACCCCAGACAGCACAUUCCACUGAAGGAAUAUGCUGACAAUUUGAAAAGUAUGAUAUGCUACCUCAACUCUGUGGACAUUUCCAAACAGGACAUUAUAUUAGUGACUCCACCACCCCUUCAUGAAGCUAGUUGGGAAAAAGAGUGUGUGGCUAAAGGUGAAAAAUUAAAUCGGCUAAAUUCUGUCACUGGGGAAUAUGCAAAGGCUUGUGUUAAAGUAGCUGAAGAAUGUGGCGCUGAUGUCAUCGACCUGUGGACACUUAUGCAAAAAGGAGACCAGGACUUCAACUGUUACCUGUCAGAUGGACUCCAUUUAUCAGAAAAAGGAAAUACUUUUCUAGCAAACCAGCUUUGGACACUCCUAGAAAAAAAAUUGUCAAGCCUUCCUCAAUUGCUUCCCUAUUGGCGUGAUGUAGAUCAUCUCUACCCUGAAGCUAGUCUCCUGGGCAUCCCCAUUGCUAAGAAGCAAUAAAAAGAAGAACAUCCGUAGGUUUUGUAGAUGUAGAUACAAAAUAAAAUUUCCUUUUUUUUCCACAA